AAUAUGGCCUAUAAAUUAUUCUGCUUCAAAAACCACUUUGCAAAAAUUUGCUGGAGCAGCCGUUUAGACACUGUAAAUCUAUAAAUACAUUUCUAUAUACUCUUUAGCACCCGAGAAAAACACAAAACAAGCACAACACGGGUCAUGGCACGAAACCAAGAAAAGGCGCAGUCCAUGCUAUAUCGCUUCCGCGAGGCACAAUCCAUAGAAAGCGGUCAGCACAAGCCCAAGGGGCGGCGGCCGCACCUGGCCUCUCAAGUAGACAGCCUCGACGAGGCCGAAAAAUGGCGGCGAGACGUAAUCCGUGAAGUCUCCCGCCUGGUAUCCAAAAUCCACGACCUCUCUCUGCCCGAGACGCAAAUUCGCGACCUCAACGACGAAAUAAACAAGCUCCUGCGCGUCAAAAACCACUGGGAUGCGCGGAUUCUUGAGCUCGGCGGCCCCGAUUAUAAGAAGAUCGGCCCAAAGAUGCUCGACCACCAGGGCAAGGAGGUGCCUGGGAACCGCGGCUACAAGUACUUUGGCCGGGCCAAGGACUUGCCUGACGUGCAGGAGCUGGUUGCGAGGCAGAAGGGAGGGUUGAAGCCCAAGAACAAUACCAGGGCGGAGAUGCUCAGGCGCGCGGACGCCGUUUACUAUGGAUAUGCUGACGAGGACGACGACGGCGAGCUGCUUGAGUACGAGCGCCAGGUGACCGAGCGUCGGAUUCAGAAGCUCCGCAGCGCCCACGACGCCACGCUCGAAGAGGAUGGCAACAGCGACAGCGACUCUGAUAGCGGCGACGAGCCCGCGGCAGAAACAGAUGCAUACUAAUUCAAUGCAGUAUUUGUAUCUUACUCAAUUUC